AUGGAUAAUUCUCAACAACAAUAUCUAUAUUACUGUAUGUGGAAGCAACGCACACUACUUGUCCUUUUUGUAAUGUUGGUCCUUUGGUGGAGCAAGAAAAAAGAGAGGAAGAAUAGAGCUAAAUGUGUCAAGUAUGGUCCACUUGUCAAGAGAGAUAUUUGGAGGAGUACUGAACUAAUUAGACUGAUCGACACCUCGGAAAGGACGUGUUUGCGCCAGCUCAGGAUGUAUCCGGCUGUUUUCUACAAGUUGUGUGCUCACCUUAGGGACAAAAAGCUUCUGGUUGACACAAUUCAUGUGUCCUUAGAGGAGCAGCUAGCUAUGUUUUUGAAAAUUGUUGGGCAAUAUCACACUCAUUCCUCUGUAGGAUUUGCAUUGUGGCGAUCUGAGGAGACAGUGAGUAGAAUGGGUGAGCAAAAAGAAGGUGCCAAGAGCGAGGUUGCUCGCUCUCGUGAUAAUUACAUGUCAUGGAGUGAUGAUUGUACCAAGUAUAUGCUUGAGUGGUAUAUCGAGAAGCAAAGGGACAAGCCACCAACCUUCAAGUGGAAGGCACAACACCAUCUACAAUGUGCUAAUGAUUUGAAUGACAAGUUUGGAAUUACAGCUACAGCGAAACAAGUUGAUCGACACUAUAGGUCAUUCAAGGAGAAAUGGAAGUGGAUAAAGCUAGAAAAGGGGAGGAGUGGAUAUGGUUUCAAUAAAGUACUUAACAAAUUUAACAUUGACAAGUCAGAGAAAUCACCAAGCAAGCUUGGCAAAAUUAAAUUUAACUACCUUACUCACUCCAUCAAGUUUUAUCAUCUCUUGGAAGAACUGUUUAGUGACCCGUCUCAUGCGGAUGGCUCACUAGCUAUUGAUGUGAAUGAUGCAAGUGAGAAUGUGGAAUCUGAUGCUAGUAGUGAAACAAGCAACCACACAUCCACUGUUGAACAAGGUCUUAGUGAUUCCGACAUGAUUGCACCCAACAGUCCAGCAGAAGGCACUAGCUCAAAUCUGAAGCGCAAGCAUGUUAAAGCACCACAUAAGAAACCAAAGGUCAAGGUGCAUCGAGCCAGAGUGUUAGAUGAUGAUGUGGCAUCGAGCAUUGUGAAUCUUGCUGAAACUGUGAAAUCUGCUGCCCCUAUUCAGCCAAUAGCAGCUACAGACCCUAAUGCCAGUCUUUGGAAGCACAUUGAGUCGCUAACUCUUCCAGCAAAUGAGAAAAUUGAGUUAGCAACCUAUCUUGCUAAGCCAGAACAAGAAGUUUUCCGUGGUUUCCUGAACUGUGCUAGCGACCAGACUUUUAAUGCUUGGGUCCUUGAUUAUUUCGGGCACAAGUAUGACGGCAAUGAUCGCGCAGCUGCUGAUCCAUCAACCCGAAUGACAUGUUUGGUGGCUUUCUUUUGGCAAGUGCUUUUGUAG